CCAACAGUAGGAAGCACACAGUUACUUCUUUGGAAAGUUUUAACCUACCGACGAUAAAAAUCCGUUUAGAAAAUACUUUUAAGUGGUCAUUUAUUUAUACUGUCUAUUCUACAAACAGUGUAGAGUUGUAUUCCACUGCGUUGAUUCAUAUUAUUUCCGCGGCUGAGGCAGCAUGGAUCAUCUGCAUUGUUUGUUUACAUGAUGAGACAGCUAACGUUAGCCUAGCAACUUAGCUAACAUCGAGUCAUAUGAGCUGAUAAUUAUCCCUGCAGCUUUUGGACCUCAUGAAUGAACACUCGACCAUUGGUGAAAGAUACAAGCGACAUGUGGACCAUUGAGGGCUUGUGUCAGGUCGUAGUGAGCUGUAGGAAGUGUAACAAUGCGAAGCUAACAUUGAAUGUGCUGGAACAUUAAGACGAGUUAAACUGUUUUGUCACCUAAACCUGCGUCCAGUUUGAGAGGCCUUUAUAGAGGCUUUAUGUCAACAUGCCGUGUUCCUGUGGGAACUGGAGAAGAUGGAUUAGACCGCUGGUGGUUGUGUUGUAUAUUUUAUUGUUAAUAGUCGUCCUGCCCUUGUGCAUCUGGGAACUACAAAAGUCACAGGUUGGCACUCAUAACAAAGCAUGGUUUAUCGCUGGGAUAUUUGUCUUCAUGACCAUACCCAUAUCAUUAUGGGGCAUCCUCCAGCAUCUGGUUCACUACACUCAGCCAGAGCUUCAGAAACCUAUCAUCAGGAUAUUAUGGAUGGUCCCGAUCUACAGCUUGGACAGUUGGAUUGCACUGAAAUACCCCAGUAUAGCAAUUUAUGUGGACACAUGCAGAGAGUGCUAUGAGGCCUAUGUCAUCUACAACUUCAUGACCUUCUUGCUGAACUACCUGGAGAAUCAGUACCCCAGCCUGGUGAUGAUGCUGGAGGUCCAGGAGCAGCAGAAACACUUGCCUCCUCUCUGCUGCUGCCCACCUUGGCCAAUGGGAGAGGUUUUAUUGUUGAGAUGUAAGCUGGGAGUGUUGCAGUACACAGUGGUACGACCCGUCACAACAGUGAUUGCCUUGAUCUGUCAGCUGUGUGGCGUGUAUGAUGAAGGCAAUUUCAGUUCAAAAAAUGCAUGGACGUACUUGGUCAUUUUCAACAAUAUGUCACAGCUGUUUGCCAUGUACUGUCUGGUGCUGUUCUACAGGGCUCUGAGAGAGGAACUGAGUCCAAUCAAACCAGUGGGCAAAUUCCUCUGUGUCAAAAUGGUGGUGUUUGUCUCAUUCUGGCAAGCUGUGUUCAUUGCUCUACUGGUGAAAGUGGGCAUUAUCUCAGAGAAACGUACAUGGGACUGGCAAAGUGUGGAGGCUGUUGCUACUGGUUUACAGGAUUUCAUCAUAUGUGUGGAGAUGUUUCUGGCAGCCAUUGCCCAUCACUUCAGCUUUACCUACAAGCCUUACAUCCAGGAGGCUGAGGAGGGCUCGUGCUUUGACUCCUUCAUGGCAAUGUGGGACAUCUCUGAUGUCAGAGCAGACAUUUCUGAACAAGUCCGCAAUGUUGGGAGAACAGUCCUGGGUCGUCCGGGAAAAUACUUCGGUGAGGCACAGAGUGACGGUGAGCGAUCUGGCCUUCUCUCUUCCGGCUCUCAAGAUGCCAUCGCAGAGGCAGCAUCCAACCCGGUGUCACCCAAGGGUCAAUACCAGGGCCUGGGGAGAACCCUCACUCCGCACUCUUUGUCAGCCCCUGCUGGUUUCAGCUCUGCAUCAUGGAGUGAAGAAUACGAAGCUGGACCUGAAGAAACGGAGAAAGAAGAAAGGGCCGACCAAACCAAAGAACCGGCAGAGGCAGAGCUGAUUGUGAUCACCUAA